AAGGUACUCUACUAUCCACGGUUGACGAUAAUAUAUACACAAGUGAAGAGGUCCAAGUGUGUUGGGAAACUAAUAUACUAGGCAGUACAAUAAAAUUUAGGAAACUAAGUAUACCAGAGUACAAUACUACUCCGUAUAUUGAAUCGAAAUAAUACGAAAUACUAUUCAUUCGAAAUACUAUAUUGACUCAAUAUUGUUUCCUAAUAUUGAUUCGAAAUAAUGGCGAGCGUAUACCUCUCACACUUUUGCUUUCCAAAAAUAUGACGCGCUCCUUCGCCCAACGGAUCUACGCAUCUCUUCUCUGCAGCCAUCGACGCAAGACAUCCCACGCAGUCAUCGAGCUAAUGUCUUCUUCGCUGCUUCUCACCUCCUCGCAUCCGGUCAUUCCCUGCUUCCCACCGGUAUGACGGCGACGGAGAUGGUCUGCAUCGGCGACGAAAGCUUCAUCUUCUCCAUUUUCACUGCUUUUCUUCGCUAUCCCUGUUCAAAUCUGUUAACAAUUUCAGAUCUGUAAGAGUUCAGAUGGGCUAUGGGGCUGGGGCGAAGAGGGCGGUGGUUGUUGGGGCAAGGAUGCGCUGUUGGUCGGUGCUAGGGGCGGAUUCGGUUGUGGAGGGGUUGCUGGGCGGAGUUAGGGGCGGAUUCGGUUGUGGCAAGUUGUUGGCUGGCGCUGGGGGCGGAUUUGGUUGUGGCACGUUGCUAGCCGGCGCUGGGGGCGGAUUUGAUUGUGGCACGUUGCUGGCCGGCGUUGGGGGUAGAUCUGGCUGUGGCAGGUUGCUGGGUGGCGUAGGGCGGUGCUUGGGGGUGGCUGGGGAGGAGGUCGGGGGCUGGGAAGGGAUGGGGAGGUGGCUGGGGGCUGGAAGGGGCUGUGGAGGUGGCUGGGGCCGGAAGGGGCUGUGGAGGUGACUGGGGGAUGGGGGAUGGAGAGUUGAGUCAGGGCUGGGGCAGCGGCCGGGUGGCGGUGGCCGCAACAGUGGCUUCAGUGUGGCAUGUCAAUAUGGCUGAGUAACUGUGGUCGGUGGGCCCGCAGUUAUAGUGACCGGAGUCACGGACAGUGACUUUUGUCCGUGAGGCAGUCACUGUGACGCCGGAGUCACUUGGGCGUAGUCACUGUGAUUGGUUGGACAGUCACCGGUCCGUGGGGCAGUCACUGUGACGCUGGAGUCACUUUGGCCGGAGUCACUUUAAUCGGAGUCACUAUCACCGGAGCAACGACGGUGCCAGCAGCGGCAGCGGCGGUGCUGGCGGCAGCGGGGUCGGUGGGGUCAGCGAUGCGGGUGGCUGCAAAGGAAUAUUAUUAAAAUAAAAAAUGUAUUAUUAAAUAAUAGGAUUAAAUGACUUUUAGUCACUUUUUUGGAAAUAUUUAAAACAUGUCACAUUUUUGUCUUUUUCAUUCUUGUUAGUAAUAUUAGAAUAAAAAGUAAUUGUCCCAUAUAGGACUAAAACAAGACUGAAAUGCAAAAAUAAGACUUCUUAUCUUUUU